AUGUCGUCUUUAGAAUCACUCAAGACUAUAGAGCAUAUUCUACAACAAUACACGGAUGAUCUCAACGCUCUUUCGAUUCCGUCAUUGCAGGAUUUUGCCUCGACUCCUACUCUGUCCGCAUUCGCUCAGUCUCCAUACUUGAACAAGUACAAGCUACAGCAGCUAGAGGUGAAUCUUCAGCAUCUACGGAGCCAAUUGCUUGCUAUAAGUUCACACAACAACAAGAACUAUACAGAAUUGACACUGAAAUUAAACCAACUUGUAAACGAUACUCUUGAAGAAAAGAGAUACGUGAAUUCACAAAUGAUACAACUUUUCGAUAGCCAGAAUCAGACUUUGAUCCAGAAAGAUAUACCGACAGUGACUUCCGACUCCGAUACAAAACAGUCGCAGCUUCAGAAACUGGUCAAGCUGGAAGAAGAAGAUCUUCCUUCAUUGCGCCAGAGAUUGCUACAUGGGGGAAAACAUACUCAACUUCUAGACGAAAGGGAUCACGAAAAACUCAACGAUUACCACGAAUCGAUUCAGGACGACAUCAUCAACGAGUUGUCCGAGUUAACGACUACAUUGAAGAACUCGGCAUAUACACUUAGUCAGAAAAUCCUUUCGGACGAUUUGAGUAUUCUCAACGAAACCAACGAGAACAUGAUUAGAAAUUCCAACUUGUUCAAAGUUAUCGACAAGAACUUGAACAACUAUCUUGAAAACAAGACAGGAGGCAAGAUAGGGUUGUUCAUGUUGAUCAAGUUGACCGUGGGUAUUGUGGUUGGUUUUCUCUUUAUGAUCCUCCUCAUCAAGAUCAUUCCACAAAUAGGUUAG